AUGGCAUUUGGUGGUGCACCCCGAGGCCGUGGUGGUGGUGGAAGAGGAGGCGCAGGUGGUCGAGGAGGGGGUUUCAGCCGUGGCGGCGCUCGUGGUGGUGGUAGAGGCGGUGGCUUCGGUGAUAGAGGUGGUCGAGGCGGCGGCCGCGGUGGCGGCCGAGGUGGCGGCUUUGGUGCCCCAAGAGGCAGAGGCGCUCCUAGAGGCGGUGCUGGUGGAAGAGGUGGAAAGCCUGGCAUGAGGGGUGGUGCGAAGGUCGUCAUUGAACCACAUCGACAUCCAGGCGUCUUUGUCGCUCGCGGCGGAAAGGAAGAUCUUUUGGUGACCAAGAACCUCACACCAGGUGAAUCAGUCUAUGGCGAAAAGCGAGUCAGCGUCGACAACCCCACACCUGCUGUGACUGGGGAGGCCGACGCAGCCACUGCCCUGAAAACCGAAUACCGAGUCUGGAACCCUUUCCGCAGCAAGUUGGCAGCUGGUAUUCUGGGUGGGUUGGAAGAGAUCUAUAUACGUCCUGGCUCUUCAGUACUCUAUCUUGGUGCAGCCUCAGGCACAUCCGUCAGUCACGUUGCAGACAUCGUAGGUCCUACUGGACGAGUCUACGCCGUGGAAUUCUCACACCGAAGUGGUCGAGAUCUCAUCACGAUGGCUACCCAUCGCACCAACGUCAUUCCCAUCAUCGAAGACGCUAGACAUCCCUUGCGCUACCGCAUGCUCGUUGGUAUGGUGGACGUCGUCUUUGCGGACGUUGCGCAACCUGACCAAGCUCGUAUUGUCGGAUUAAACGCACAUUUGUUCCUGAAAGUUGGCGGAGGCAUCCUGGUCUCAAUCAAGGCCAACUGUAUCGACUCGACAGCUAAGCCCGAAGUUGUGUUUGCAAAUGAAGUCAAGAAGAUGCGGGAGGAGCGGAUUAAGCCCAAGGAGCAGCUCACGCUUGAGCCUUUCGAGCGUGACCACUGCAUAGUUUCAGGCGUCUAUCAGCACAGCACCAAUUGA